GAUUAGGCAUCAAAUAAUCCGAAGGAGCAUGCAGGUUUUGUGAAAAUUUCCGAAUAUAAUUUUUACAAAUAAUAGUUGCGAAUUUAUUCUUAGUAUCAAUGUAAUAAAAAAUAAAUAAGCAUUAUAAAUACAUAAUUUAAUUCAAAUAAAAUCCCGAAUAUCGUGCGCACAAUAAGUGUCAAAUUCACUGAUCCGCAAAAUUCAAGAUUCUGGUAUAGAUCAUAGUUUUUUGGUUUUAGUGCGUAAACGAUGUAACGUUAGUACAGUGAAAGUUUCUCAAUGUUUGGGAGUUUGUUUUAUAACAACAGUUUACCAAGGACAUGUACAUAAUAAAUCGUCUUAACUCUCGUCGUUCGUUGAAUCCUGCGGGCUACGGAUCAUGCUGGACUAAUGGCGAUGAAAGCUUGACCGCAAGAUGGAGCAACAAGAUGGAUGGAAUGGCCGAGAUACGAAUUCCGCUGAAAACUCUACCGAAAAUUCUCAUGCCACUGAAAGGGAUCGGGUGCGCAUCGAAUUCUACGCCACUUAUGACGUCAUGACCGGUGUUCGAAUAGCCGCAACACUAGGCGGCUUUUUCGCUUUAAUGGUGUUUUUGAUUGUCUAUAAAAGCCGGAGUAAAUCAGUUAAAGCUUUGAACGACCCGAAGAUAGUGGAGAUGGCAGAAGCCGUCGUUGCUGAAGAACAGGCAGUUGAAGAAGAGCGACAGUUGACGGCUGCUCUAGAGGCAGCGUUGUCGGAACGAGCUCGCCGAACCUCGCGACCUUCAAUCGGCGAGGAGCCACCUUGGCCGCGAACUGCUCGUUUUUCCUCUUACGGUGGAGGAUAUGGUAGUUUAUUAACGCCGCCACGUCGACUGUCGAAUCUCCGAGGUGAUUCGCUUCCUGGUUCAGCUUUGCGAUUCGUGGAUCGGCGGCCCUCGGCUGGGCCACGAGACCGGCGUCUCAGUUCAGCCACAUGUUCAAGUUCUGGAAGUUCUUAUUUAGAGCGUCGUGGCUCUUCUGUAGUUUGUGCUUUACAAGAACGUCGUCUUUCACCGUGCCCAAGUGAACGGCUUGCGCCUCUGGCGUCUGUAGGGAGCGUGGGACCAUCGUAUGCAGUGGAGUGUGAAAUAGCGUCUGUAGGCGCGGACUCUGUGUUUGCUGAAGACGAACCGGACUCGACUGAUGGUGAAGUUGAGCAGUUUUCGACCGACAGCGGUGGCGGCGAGGCGGCUGCGGUUGGCGAAUGUACAGAACUCGCCAGCCGACCUGUGCACGUACCGCUCCGGUUGGAUCGAGCUUCCCACUCACGGGAAACGUUGUUCUAGUCAUGCGAUAUAGCGUCGGCCUUCACGUGUUAGCCGUAGCAAGUUAAAAUAUCGACCGUGUCGUUAAAAAUUAAAAAGGAAUAUAUUUGAUUUUACAUUGGCAUUUAACAUAUCACGAAGAAUUUAGUAAAAUUAACAUAUCAUUUGAAUAAAACAAACACCAAAUAUGCAUGCGGUGCCUCGUGUGAUUAUUGUUGUAAUAGUCAUGGUGUUCUUUGUUGCAAGUUGCCAACAUUGACUAUUAAACGUAAUUAUACAAAUUUAAAACUUCUGCUGUAAAAAUGCAUGAUUGGAUCAAAGUUUGGUCUUGAUUAACAAACAACAACAAUAAAUUUAUUCGUGCAUAAAAUUAAAUUGAAAUAUUGAGAAUAAACUUAUAUGGCAGAAAACAUAUUGUAAAUAGUGAAGAGACAGCGUCGAUAUUUUAAAAUGUUCCAUUAUAAUGCUUAGUAAUUUGUGUAAAUAGUUUGUUUUGUUAUAUUGAUGUUUCAUAAUGUUGACGUACACAGAUCGGGCCGAUAUCAUUGACCAUUUUAUUGUAUAAGUUGGUACCCUCAUUCAUUUCCCGGGUACUGACAACAACCCAUCAAAUAAAAUUGAAUACAGACACCGACAAAUCGAUCAUUUUUUCCUGUUAACUGACACCAUGGUGUUCGACUAAUAAAUAAAAAAUCUGCCGAAUUAGUCUUUUAUAGGCACAUACACGUACCUAUAUUUAUUCAUAACGAACUAAUAGGCAAUUUACAAUAAUAGUUUUUGAAGUAUUUUACUUCUUUUGUUUGUUUGACAGUUAUUUACAUUUAUCGUACUGGACGUCAGUGGUGACCGCUGACUGGUGUAAAGCCACACAGGCUGUUACUAAAUUACCUAAACCUGUUCAUGAUUGCCAAUGAAAAAAAAAACAAGGUGUUUGUAAAAUGUAGAUGUACUAACUUCUUAGGGGUAGAUAGUCAGUGAAGUCAAUUGAGAUUAUGUAAUUGUGUUUUAAUUAGUAAUGAAGCUUGCAACUCCUUAUCCUAAACAUUUUGAGGGCUCCAAAUACCUACACGCCCUUUCUAAUGAAUAAACUGAAGCUGGGAAUGGCCUAAGUGAGCACGUACCGAUGUCGUUUCCCGAAACUGCCACUGUUCUCGUUUAGUGAAAACGUAAUACGGACACCGGGGUUUUAUUGAUUCUAGGUGUUCAUUUCCCGCCACGCCGUGGCGCGGUCCCGUAGAUUGAUUACACUAAGUCGUUUUUAUUACAGUUUAGAUUUACGUGUUAGUUUAUGUAAUGUUCGUUGCUCGAAUUAAAAAGAGCUCCUGUAGUCUGUAAAAUGUUGAACUGUAUGUAUGAAAAAAAAUAAUUGUAAAUAUAAAACACAACUCA